GAGAGUGAAGAUGCAAAUUUUCGUAAAGACCCUCACGGGCAAGACCAUCACCCUUGAGGUCGAGCCGUCAGAUACCAUCGAGAAUGUGAAAGCUAAAAUUCAAGACAAAGAGGGAAUCCCUCCCAAUCAACAGAGGUUGAUCUUUGCUGGAAAGCAGCUGGAAGAUGGACGUACCCUCUCGGACUACAAUAUCCAGAAGGAAUCCACCCUCCACCUGGUGUUGAGGCUUCGUGGUGGCGCUAAGAAACGCAAGAAGAAGAAUUACUCCACACCCAAGAAGAUCAAGCACAAGAAGAAGAAGGUCAAACUAGCCGUCCUCAGGUUUUACAAGGUCGACGAGAACGGUAAGAUCCACCGUCUGCGGCGCGAGUGCACGGGCGAGCAGUGCGGCGCCGGAGUGUUCAUGGCGGUGAUGGAGGACCGUCACUACUGCGGGAAGUGUCACAGCACGAUGGUCUUCAAAGACGACGACAAAUAAAUAAGUCCCCUCUAGCCUGUAAGAAACGCUCGCGACUGCUGUGUAUGAUGGAUUUUAAAUAAAAUCUUGACACAGUGUCGGAGCUC